CUGACUAGGGAAUCCAGGUCAUGUCUUGGUACACCAAAAAGUCAUUACGUCUGCUACUAAGAACUUUCCUGAUUGCUCGAUGUGGCAAGUUGAGUGCUAGAACAGAUGCUGCUUUUCACGGUCAGAAAUAUAUUCAUGGGCUCUCUGCUCGAGGAGUUCAUUAUCUACAUCAACCUGGACCAACUCUUCAAGAUCUUGGGUUUAUGAUCCUUCCGGAACUUGGAAAAGAAAGAGGCUAUAUCAGUGAAAGUCUAUUCACCUUUGUCUUUUUGUCCUUUGUACUGUGGACAUUUUAUCCUUUUGUUUAUCAUAGCAAGCGCUUCUACACUGUUCUGCUUUGGCGGAGAGUUUUGGCAUUUCUAGUUGCUUGUCAAGUGUUGCGGAUCAUUACGUUCUACUCUACCCAGCUUCCUGGUCCUAACUAUCAUUGUCGUGAGGGAUCAAAGCUUGCCAGACUGCCCCCACCAGAGAGUGUAACUGAAGUGCUUCUAAUUAACUUUCCUCGUGGAGUCAUAUAUGGCUGUGGUGAUCUUAUUUUUUCAUCCCACAUGAUAUUUACACUGGUGUUUGUGCUUACAUACCAUAAAUAUGGUUCUAAAAGAUUCAUUAAGCUUCUUGCUUGGGUUAUUGCUAUCAUUCAGAGUCUGCUUAUAGUAGCUUCCCGGAAGCAUUACACAGUAGACAUAGUCGUUGCAUGGUAUACAGUGAAUUUAGUGGUAUUCUUCAUUGACAAGAAACUACCAGAAAUGCCCGAUCGUUCUAGUGGAUCACAACCAUUGCUACUGCUGAGUGUUAAAGAGAAAGAAGGAAACUCUAGAGAAGAGAACCUCAAGUUAUUGAAUGGAAAUUCAGUGGAUACUGCUGAUUGGAGGCAGAGAAUGCAAACUAAUGGCAAUCAUGGAGAAGAAUCCAUCCACAUCCGUUCUGAAUCUGCAGCUAAUGGUAAAUAGAUGAUAUCGGACAUCACUGUUUCGGCUGCAUAUUCCACAGAGGGGAUUCCAAAAUAGAAGAAGUAAUUGAAAUUGUGCCUGGGCACACAACCAUUUUGCUCUUACAUCAUAAAAUGUUCAUAUGUAUUAUUUCCUUCAACAAUUGCUUAUUAAGCAGUAAAAAAGAAUUAUCUCCGUCCA